CAGGGUUUGGCCUGAACAACUUAAAGAGUUUCCACUGAUUGAGCUGGAAAAGCCCGAAGGGUGAUGUGGUUUAGGAGGGGAUGUCAGACAGAGCUGCCUUGGGACAAGCCAAGGAAAAAGCCAUCUCCCCUCGGUGCAGGCCCUCGGGAGAGCCCAUGGAACCCCCGAAGCUGCUGUGCUCUCUGACUUGCCUCUUGUUGGAAACUGUCGCUUUGUCUCUGUCACCUUUAUCUGCCUUCGGAAUACAAGACCAGGAUGGAUUGGAACCACGCUCAAGGGAAACUUCCAGGUCCUGGCUGAGCAACUUCAGUGAUUACCUGUGGGAUCUCAUCAGGAGCUCCAUCCCUACAGCUGCCAUUUUUGUUUUUCUGAUCAUUUCAGCAAUCAUGGGGACCCUCUGCUGCCUCACUAUCCUCAUAGGUGAACCAGUCCAAUGAAGUACUAGAAGAUUCCAAGAGAGUACAGAGUGUGCUAUUUGUGUGCAUUGAGGAAGUAUCUAUCAGGGUCAUCUCAGUUGCCACGUUGAGAAGGUCAGAAGCAGGGAGACCAGCCGGGAGGUUUACCGAAGUCCAGUGUACAAGUGCAAGAGUUCCUCUGAAGACUAUCACACUGUGACUGACUUUCUGAGUCAAAGGCACCAAUUAUUAAAUACAUCCAUGGGCUUCCCUGGUGGCGCAGUGGUUGAGAGUCCGCCUGCCAAUGCAGGGGACACGGGUUCGAGCCCUGGUCUGGGAGGAUCCCACAUGCCGCAGAGCGGCUGGGCCAGUGAGCCACAAUUACUGAGCCUGCGCGUCUGGAGCCUGUGCUCCGCAACAAGAGAGGCCGCGAUAGUGAGAGGCCCGUGCACCGCGAUGAAGAGCGGUCCCCGCACCGCGAUGAAGAGUGGCCCCCACUUGCCGCAACUAGAGAAAGCCCUCGCACGAACCGAAGACCCAA